UGAUGAGUUAAGAAGAAUAUUAAAAAUAAGAAGAAGCUCCAAAUGUUAAUGUUCAACCAACUAUUGGAUAAGUUUAGUAAAUAUUAAAGAGAAAAAACAAAAAGAGAACAAUUUUAAAUCCAUAAUAGAGUACAGGACAUUGGAAUGAAUAAGAACAUAAAACAUAUAUCAAUUUUCUCAAUGUACAUAGAUCUGUUAUGGAAUCAUCUGAUUAAAAAAAAACAUCUAAAAUAUUUAAACUCAUGAGUGAAACAAUAGGAACAAGAAGUCCUUCAUAAUGUAGGUAUAAUUACUUUUGCAUAUUGAAAGAUCUCACCAUUAAAAGUUUAAUCCUUUCUCUCAUCAAGUAAAAAAGAGAUAAAAAGGUGCUGGACGUAAGAAAAAAGAAAGUAAUUCAUAGAUAGAUAAAGCUAACAAUGGAUUCCUAGAAAAUGCUUGUUUUCCUUAAUUUAUGUUUUAACCAACUGCUCCUUAUUUCCCCUAACAACCUUUUGUAAAUAUUAAAGAAUGAGAUUAUAGGAUUUCUAAAUGAUGUAAUUACAAUAGUUUCCAUUUAUGAUGCAAUAUUUAGAUUAAACAAAUAAAGAUGAAGAAAAAGUAGUUUAAUAAGAUCCAUCUGUUUAUUUUCAUCAAUUUAUUAUGAAUCCUCAACAAGUAUAUGAUGAUAAGAACUAAUUUUACAAUUUUGGUUUUCCACAAUAAUAACAAAUGCAAUUCAACUUUAAUUACUUUUAAUAAUUACCAAAUGAAUUCUAUGGUACCAAUUCGGCUGAAAUCAUCCAAAAAGAUAAUUAAUCAGAAGAUCAAUGAU